AUGUCAACACCUUCUGAAGAUGUUCCGAAAGAAGGAGAAGAAGAACCAAAAGAAGAAACUAAUGAGUUGGCAUCGGAAUUCAAUUUCUUCGACUUAUUUGAUGGUAUGGAACAUGAAAAUGAUAAGGAUCCCAGUAGAAUUGCCAACAAAAGUGAUAUGAUAUCGUUGAUAAAAUUUAUCGGAGGAUUCGAGAAAUGGAAUGAGUUGAAUGAGGAUUGUCGAAUGGCCGUGGUGAAGUUCUUAGAGUACAAGGAUAGAUGCAAACUUGGAAUUUGUUCCAAAAGAGACUAUGAAACUGUGAAAUCCACUCCAUUGGAUGUGUACAAAAUCUCAAUCUACGAUAAUGAGAAGUAUCAUUAUUCGUUCCGCGAGGAAGAUUUUGACAACGUGGUAGUUGAAGUGCAACUUCAUCACGACUUUAAUUCUGGUAAACGAUUUGAAUUGAUUUUUUCACAACUCGGAGAAGACACUCAAAUCCAAUGGUAUCAGUAUAUUCCCAAGCAACGUCCAAAAAAUAGAAGCCUAGUUUUGAAAUCCUGUAAUUACUAUGAAGAAGCUGUGAAAUUUGCUGAGAAAUGGAUGAAAAAGUGUAAUUUCGAAUUGAAGGAUAUCAAAAUCGAAAUGAAGAACUAUCCGAUGGAUAAAAGUAAAAUUAAGAGUCUUCGAAAUAAAGUUCCAAAUCAGCUGAAAGAUGUUGAACUGGUUGCACUGGAUGCUGAUCGCGAAGUCUUCACUAUCCCAUCAGAUCUUCUGAACGCUCCACAGAUAAUGCAAACUUCUGACUUCUACUUCUGGUGUCGUGCUGAAUUCUCAGAUGAGCAAUUGUUGAACUUGAAAGCCAGUAGUUUAAGCUUCGAUUGUGUGAAUAUCACCGAUGGAGGAAUCAACGAGUACAUCAAAAGAUGGAUCAACGGAAAAGGAGUACCGAAAUUCAAGAGAGCUCUUUUGUGGGGCAAUAAAGCUCGAGACUAUGCAGAAUUGACACGUGGAUUGGAAUAUAGACAAUGGGAUGCUGCAUUUGAAGAGGAAGCAGCAGGAUUCUGUGGCGAUUUCGAGCGAGUUUGUGGUCGUGGAAAUUGUGUACAAAUCUACAGUAAAAUCGAUCCAUAUGAAAGUCUAACCUUGAAUGUCUCAAGUGACUGCGUGGCAAUUUACUGGACCGGACACAAACAUGAAUAUAAUGGAAGAACGUAUUCUGAUUAUUCGAUCCCUUGA